AUGCACCGCCACGCGGAAGAGACUUCCGCGGAGCAGCAGAGCGCGCAACCCCCGCCCGCCGACGAGCUCGACGAUCCAUGGCGUCUGAGCGGCGCGUCCGCAGAUGAUCCGGGACGGCCCAGUCGCGUGCCGAGGGACCGUGGGCGGCAGCGGCGGUGGCUAUUGGAGGGCGGCGGCGGCCGCGUGCAGACGUGGUUCUGGCAUCGCGUCCUCGGAGCGAGCAUCCGAGCCGUCGAGCUGCAGUGGUGGCCUAACGGCGGCGAGAUCUUCCGCCAAAGUCUGAUAGCGGCCAGGCGCAGCAAGCAGGAGGAGGGCGGGGUGGUGACGGCGCCGCUGUUGCCCAUGGCGGCGCCGCCCGUCGCGGGCGUGUGUCCGUACGACGAGACGGCGGUCAGCGCGCUGGAGUCGCUGGAGCGCACGGGGCAUUCCGCCACCGAGGUGGGCACGUGGCAGGUUAUCAUUGGCGGGUUGAUGCGCAGCGGGCAGGCGGUGAUGGACGUGGUGCUGCUCAACACCGCCACCAUGGCCAUGCGCCACCCGCUCGUGCACGUUUUCGCCGACGACUCCCCGCCGCUCCCCCGCUUCCGCCACACCGCCGUGCCCGUGCGCGUCGCGGAGUCGUUCCGCCAUGGUUUCGCGGGGCCCGCGGACCCCGUGCUGUUUGUGUUCGGCGGGUAUAACCUACAGGGCGGUGUGUACGGCGCGGAGGAGUCGUUCUUCCUCGCCUCAUUUAGCUUUCCCCUUCGCCCUCUCCCCGUCCCUCUCUUCCCCCUUCCCCGCCCGCACGCUCUUUUCCGCAGCGGCGAGGGCGCGCAGCUGAACGACUGGUCGGAUGAGGCGGACGAGCAGUUGCGCGGAUGGGAUGCGGCGGAGGGGGGAUCCGGGGAGGCGGAGAUUGCGCUGAACGACGGGGAUGCGCAAGCGCGCUCCCGGAACGGCACCCGCCCUCUCGCGCACGAUCUUCUCGAGCGGCGGAGGCACAUUGCUGCGCAGUCGGGGCAGCAGGACCCGCGUUCCGCCGCGGGAUGGUGCGCCGGCGGGUCGAGCAGCAGUCCGCUCCAUGGCGGCGCAAGCGCGCUCGUGCGCGAUGCAGGAGCGGCCGAUGCCCCCCCGUGUGACGCACCCGCGGAUCAAACGUCCGAGGAGCACGCGGAGAGCGGGGAUAGCGCUGGCGUGCGCGCCGGCGAAGCGGAGGGCGCGGUGGCGUACAGAGAAGCGGGCGGGGAAUCGGGCGCGUGGGGGGCGGACGAAGGCGCGGGAGGCGCGGAGCGCGGGGAAAGAAGCGGGGAAGGGGCGGGGGAGCGCGCGGUGGUGGUGUACGUGCUGGACGUGGCGCACAUGGCGUGGCGGAGAGUGGUCACGCGGGGGCGCGGCCCGGGCGUGCGCUUCCUGCACUACGCGUGCACACACUCGUCGGAGCGCGAGGAGGGGCGGGAGCGGCUGGUGGUGUUUGGCGGGUACCGUGAGAAGCACGAGGAGAUGGAGGACAUGCAGGCGUUCACGCUAGACUUAACGAGCAUGGUGUGGACCCCUCCUCCCCGCCUGCCGCCCCCGCGCGCUGCUCUGCUGCCGAUGCCACGCCACCGCUCGGGCAUCACCAAGGUGGGGCCGGACCAGGUGCUGCUGAUGGAGGGCACAACGUACGGCACACGCGACUACCUGUCAGACGCAUACCUGCUCAACCUGCACUCCCUGCACUGGUCGCCUGUGCGCGUGCAUGGGGCAGCCAUGGCGGGCCCCAGUGCAGGGCAUUCAGUGGAGGGGCUGCUGGUGGUGGGCGGCUGUGUGCUGGGCACACUAGGCAUCCAUCCCAUCUCCCGCGUCGACCCCUUGCUGCUUGGCAACUUUGGCUCCCCAGCCCUGCCCCCUGCCUCCUCAUGCCUGCCUUCCGCCGUGCUGGCUGAGAGACCCAAUCAGUCUGCACCGGCUAAUCUUGCGGCUGAGGUUGCGCCACCUGGAGCUGGAGAAGCGGCAGCCGUUGCUUGUGAUGGUGGCAGUGGCAGUGGGCCUUUGGAUUUGAUUCUGCGGGUGAGGGAUGUGCGAAACACGGUGGUGCAGCGCAGAGAUUGGGCGGAUGCGAGUAAUGACGACUACAAGUAA